AUGGGCGGCCUCUUCAUGCCCGACAACUACGUCUCUGUGGCCCCGGAGCCGCUUGAGAUGAACAUCGCCUCUCUGGUCUGGGGCGUCUCGAUCGGGUCGUCCAUGUUCACCCUCGCCAAAGCAGCCCGGCAGACCAAUGGCGUGUGGAGGCGCAAGGGGACGCUGAACGCCUACAUCAUCAUGGUGUGGAUAGAGCUGUUUGUCUGCUUCAUGAUCAGCAUUCUUUGCUGGCUAUAUCUCUGGGGAAUCAUUCCUCCCAGCUUUGCUUUUUUCUUCUGUGUCCUCUGUUUCUGGGUUUUUCAGACGCAGUGUAUUAUCCAGAUCAUCAUCAACCGGAUUGCCCUGCUCGUGCGCGACAAGACGCGCAUCCGGCGCCUGCAGUGGCUCGCGAUUGGCAUUAUCGGCGCCGUCAACAUCUCGGUCUUCUGCAUCUGGAUCCCGGCGCAGCUGCAGGUGUCGGCGACGUACGCGCACGUCAACUUCAUCUGGGACCGGGUGGGCAAGGUCAUCUUUGCACUGGUCGACGUUGCUCUCAACGUCUACUUUAUCCACCUGGUCCGGUCCAAGCUCAUCGCCAACGGGCUGACCAAGUACAACGGCCUGUUCCACUUCAACAUUGCCAUGAUCUGCGUGUCGCUGUCGCUCGACGUUAUCCUCAUCGCCACUAUGUCGAUUGGUUCGGGGUUUAUUUACACGAUGUUCCAUCCAUUGGUGUACGGGUUGAAGCUGCACAUCGAGCUGAACCUGGCGGAUCUGAUUGCCAAGACGGUGCGCGGCGAUGCCGGCAGCGACCCGGGCGUGUAU